AAAACCCCUCACCCUUGAGAUGGCCAGAACCAGAGCCAGCCCCAAUGGAACCAUAAACUCACGAAACAAAGAUGGCGUCUCUCGUUCUCUGCGCGAUCUGAUUUCUUCGCCAUGACUGCAAAUGCGAAGAGCUUGAAGGGUACCAUCUCAUUCUGAGAUAACCCUUUCGUGUUUCGAAAUGGAAGAUGAAAUACAGAAGCGCAACACUGACUGCGUGUACUUCUUGGCUUCUCCCCUUACCUGCAAGAAGGGGAUUGAGUGUGAGUAUCGGCAUAGUGAUAGUGCAAGGCUCAAUCCGAGAGAUUGCUGGUACUGGUUGAGUGGGAAUUGCCUCAACCCAACCUGUGCUUUUCGACAUCCGCCAUUAGAAGCGCAUACUGAAGUUUUAUCAGACCCUACUCCCUCUCUCCAUCAGUCAUCUGUGCCGGUAAACAAGACCAGUGUCCCCUGUUAUUUUUAUUUCAGUGGAUAUUGUAACAAAGGCGACAGAUGCUCUUUCUUGCAUGGUCCUCCUAAUGGUGCUAAUUCUGGUACGAAAUCCACAAAAUCCACUGGUGUGGUCGCUGAUGUCCAUCAUAUUGAAAAUAAGACAUCAACAGGAAGUGAUGCUGGUGCGGCAUCAAUAGUGACCCUUCCUAACCCAUCUGAAAUCACUUCCAAGCCUGCAUUGAGCAUACAGUCUGGGCACGAUAAUCAAGAAUCGGUUCCUAAUACAGUUGUGGAGCGUAGCCCAUCCCCUGAGAUAUCUGUGCCUGAGUGUGAAGAAGUAAGGAUCAAGUCAGAAAACCCACUUCCUACAGAAGAUUUUAUUGAAGGUGGAUCCCCUUCAUGCCAAGAACAGAGUUCUGAGGAGCAUGCAGCUGCUGGUCCCAUUGUACCAGAGGAGUGGUGGGAAUCAUCACCUGGAUUUGAUGUACUUGUGGAUGAUGGAUCAGAGAAUUUGGGCUAUGAGGAUGAUCCUGAGUACUUGCUUGCCCCUGAUGGUGAUGCAAGGGAGCUGCAUAACCAUUUGCUCCAGUAUGAUUACGAAGAUCCAGCUGCUUAUGAUCCAAUGGAAUACACAGAUGCAGGAAAUUUGUACAAACAUGGUCAUUAUGAAUCUUAUGAGCAUUUGGAGAGCGAUGAUAUAUCUGAUUAUAUCCAUAGAGGCUCUGACCACUCGAGGAUGGUAGAUCCUAUAUUGUUCCCGAAGAGGAAAUUCUUGCCUAGGGAUCCUGAAAUUGAUGGGAAGAAUAGUGUGGAUCUUAGAGAUCGCCUGAGGAAACGGAGGAGGAUGGAUAGUCGUCUGAUGUCCAGAAACCCAAGAAGGCAUGGCUCAGCUCACCUGAAUGACCGGAUGAGGGAACGGCCUGGAAGGCACGGAAUGGCGGACCCUCUUCAUGGAAGACUGGCAUCUGAAGUGGGAAAGAACACGAUAGGGUCUCAUGGUGAUAAGGUUGCUGGGCCAAAUGACAACCACAGAGGUAGGUUUACACAUUCGCAGUUAAGGCAAAAUAGGUCCAGGCACAGAGAGAGGGAAAGAAGAAGGCAGGGAAGGCCUGAGUUUCUUCCCUCCGAAGUUUCGAGGGGCACAGCUCCUAGGGACAGGAGACAUAUGCAGGAGUCUUCUGAGUUUAGUGGACCAAAAACCCUUGACCAAAUCAGAGAAGAAAAGAGAAAGGCGAGGGAAAACAAAAAUGGCUUUGGGAGCACAGCGCGAUCAAAAAGAACAUCAUCUGUGGACUUCCAGGGCCCUAAACCUCUUAGUGAAAUCCUCAAGGACAAGAGGAAGCAUUGGUCAGAAGACGAUGAGAAUUCUAGCAGCAGGUCAAGGCAUGGCAAUGGUGAGCCUGGUAAGGGGCAUGAUUAUAUAAACAAAGACGAGAACUUUGUAGAUGAGGAUGAUGAAGAUGAUGAUGGGCUUGAGAAGAAGCUUGCUGCCAUAUUCUCUUGAAUCCCUCUUGAAUCAAGUAAGUCUGUUUCUUAAUUGGCCUUCGAUAUUGAGAAGACAGACUAGCAGAAUCUUUUGCUGAUCCUUGGGAGAUCAUUUGCGAUGACUGGCGGCCUGGGCCCUUUGGUGCCCGUUAGUAUUAAUAGUUUUAUCUUAGAGCGUAGUUUGGCUUCAAUUUAGAUUUACAACCUUUACUGAGAACAUCAUUACUUCACUAUUGUGAAUUCUUCUUUUUGUGUACAGUACAGUUGCCAUUUUGGGGUUCUCAUAUGUCGGUUGAACUAAGUUGUAUUGUGGAGCCUUGCGAUUAUUGAUGGACCCUACUGGGUCAUUCUGCAUAGCAAAA